GAGGCGAGCUUGUCGAACAGGGAUUGCUAGGGCUAUGAGCAGACAGAGGGCGCUAGCGGGCCGCGCUCGAUGAGUACAAGCCUACGAUCGGUCCUCAGUGAAGCCCCUAGGUCUUUACAGCCGACCGACGAAGUAGACCAAUGCAGCGCAGACGAGUGUCUGGAGAAGCAGGCUAUACAGCUCUGUAGCUCUUGCGGAGACAUGGUAGGCCGAUACUGCUUGGUGUCGCUCGACGUCUGCAUCUUGCGAUUUUUCCGUCAUGCUGUGCGCAUCCUAAGACGGCUCGAUCUGUCCGUCGUUGGCGUACAAGAUCAGCUCAGGCGUGCGCAGUCAAAGGCAAGUCAGCGCCAAUCAGCUCGCGACGUGCGCGACAGUGUCACGUUGUCUGGCUGAUGUCGGAGCCUGCCAAUGAAGUCAGACAGCGAGUGAAGACGCAGUCGGGCGAUGAGAGUGCUGACAGAGUGGCUCCAGUGGCGCCUGCCACAGCUCGACCGCCAAUCCGGGACAAGGAGGAGAAGACGCCCAUCUUCAGGACGAUUCUGAAUUGCGUGGCCAUCUACAUCGCCAUCAGCUUCGUCCUCGGUCCUUCGUCUCCGCUCGUCAAGUGGUUCAAGCCACAAGGACUCGCACAACCGGCGACCUCAGCCUCAUCCGCUUCCACAGCCACAGAUUCUCGAGCCAUCGUAUCAAACGUCACUCUCUUGAGCGCAGUGCCCGCCUGGCCAUUGAAUCAGCCGCUCGACCUGGUCUUGCAGCUCACGACAUCGGAAGAUGCUCAUGUCACGACUGUCCUGCCUUCCAAGACUUUCCAAGCGAUUCCCUUUGGCGAAUGGGAGUGGCAGCUUGAAUGGUUCACCCGCGUCGAUUUGCCUGCUAGCGUCAGCAAGCACAACGCAAGUCUCUACCUUGACGCUGUUCUGAGACAAAGCGAUGGUGCCGAGCAUCAUGUCCGGCAGGAGCUCACGCGCUUCAUGCCCCUCAAGCGGCCCAAAACAGUCAAGCGCCUCAUCGGAGCUGACGCAGAAGAACCUCGUGUCGCUGAGCAGCACCUGCCAGAAGUCAUGCCAAUAGUUGCGCAUUGGCAUCCCAAUAUCACGCUCGCCCUCGUGAGCGAGACGCCCGAGAUUGCCUACAGUCAAUCGCCGCCAAUCGUACAGCAACACAUUGCCCUCGUCGGUGACGAGCGUGAUGCCGACGGGAAGGCUCUCCAUCUGCCCAUUCUCUUGCCCAAUCUCUUCUGGCAGCUCAAGCAAGACUAUCAGCAGAUCAACAGCUCCGUCUCCACUGUCGAUCUGCGCGUCACUAUACAUCCGUCGAGCUACUUCAAGUUCCAACUCUACGCGACAAUGCAUGACGCCUUUGAGAAACAAGCCUCGACGGGUGGGGGCACGGAGCUAGAUGAGGUCAAGAGGAUUUUUACGAGUACUAACCCGAUCCUGCUCGGCGUGACAAUCAUCGUCACACUCUUGCACUCCCUCCUCGAGAUGCUCGCAUUCGGCAGUGACGUAGCACAUUGGCGCCAGAAAAGAGAGCUCACUGGCGUGUCCGUGCGUACCCUCAUCACCAAUGUCGCUAUGCAAGUCAUCAUCUUCCUUUACCUCCUCGACAAUAACGACAAUACCUCGUGGACAAUCCUCAUUGGCCAGGGCAUGGGUAUCCCUCUCGAACUAUGGAAGAUCUCAAAAGCCGUCACCUCGGAGAUCGUUCCGAGCGAUGGCCUGUUACCCUACAAGAUUGUUUUCAAGGACAAGCAUGUAUUGUCAGAAGAUGAGAAAGCGACAGCAGUCUAUGACAAGCUAGCGUUUCGCUAUGUGUCAAUGGCAGUCAUACCUUCCCUUUUUGGCUACACGAUCUACUCGCUCAUGUAUAACGAGCACAAGGGCUGGUAUUCUUUCAGCAUCUCGACCCUCACCAGCUUUGUGUAUGCCAUUUCCUUUGCGACACUCGUCCCUCAAUUGAUCAUCAAUUACCAUCUCAAAAGCGUGGCACAUCUUCCCAUGAAGAGUCUGACGUUCAAAUUCCUCAACACAAUCAUCGAUGAUCUCUUUGCCUUUGUGGUAAAAAUGCCAACUCUGCAUCGUAUCGCUUGUUUUCGAGACGACGUCGUCUUUCUCAUUCUGAUGUACCAGUAUCGGAUCUAUAAAGUCGAUAAGAACCGUACAAACGAGUAUGGGCAAGGCGGCGGCCCGGCGGCCGGCGAGACGACGGAGAGCAAGCCGCUACCUGCUCCUGGGAGCUUAGCCGCCAAAAAGUCGCAAUAGCACCGGAGUCAUGGACUUGUUGCAAACAAUACGACACUGUGUACCGUAGGCAUCCUAUGAACCGCAGAUGGUCAGGUCGCGGAUCUCUUGAAGUGCGCCUUCGACUUGGCCAUCCAAGUCCCCGUUGGCAUAUAGAUCUCGCACGUCAUCUGCAAAGUACCGUUGCACGCCGCCGAGCUUCUCGUAGGCCUCUGAAGCAAAUUGGGCUUGCAUGCGCACCAUUGAUUCGAACGAAGGGUCCAAAUAAGGUAUCCGAUAUUCGAUGAGCUGCGGCAAUUCCGACACGAGCUGGGUGUUGAUCGCCUCGUAGACGUCCUUUGCAUCAGCUGCUGCUUUUUCGGCC